AUGAAAUAAAUUUUUAAAGAUGAGCGAGAGCCAAGAAGAGUUUAUGGAGGAAAUCCUCAAGUACGAGGUAGAGAACCCUCUGGUUUAUAAAGAGUUUGAGUACAACAAGAGUCAAUGGGAUAACAUUCCAGGCAUCAUACCUAGAUUUGUCCUCUUCCUGUCGAAGCACCUGGAAGCCCUUACUGAUAAAUGUAAUGAAAGAUUCACCCAGAUUAGUACGGUGGAGCUUGAAGAGAAGGUUGAUAGCAAACUUUUUGACCUUCAAGAAAAAUUUGAAUCUCUUGGGAAUCGUCUGGAUACCUUUAUUGAAGACAAUUCAGCUACUCUAGGGAAAAUGACCUCGAAAUUAGAGCAAAUUGAGAAAGAUAAUCAUGAUUUUAUGGCCAAACAAGAGAAAGAAUGCUCUACUAAUAUGAAAGAGCUGAUUUCGACACCCAAAGUUGAAGAUUUUGUCAAGCAGUUUGAGGAGGAUGAAGAGCUAGCUGAAAAAGAAGAGAAUGACCUCAGUGCAAAUACCAACAAGGAUACUGAAGAAGAUCCAAACGAGUUAGGCAUUAUAUUGAAGGAGAAAGAGUGGUUCAAACAGAAACCUGAGAACUUUGAGGAAUUUGAUAAGCCAAGGUCUUUCACUUUAAAUCAAAUCAAAGAUUUGGUAUAUCUCCACUUGUCUCGAUCAGAUUUCAAGAAGAGGUUUGUAUCCCAAAACAACUUAUUGCAACUGCAUCAGGACAAUUUUGAUGAGAUUUCUCAGUACCGGAAUCAACUCUCAGUUGACCUUAAGAGUGAAUUUUCAAAUUGUGAAGCCCAGAUUUCUUCAAAUUCUAAAGAUCUAUUGAAAUAUGUCGGUGAAGCUGAUAAGACUCACAAGGAGAUGCAAGAAAGGAUAGUGUCUAACUUCAAGAAAUGAAUGAGUCUUCAGGACACAGUCGCUGAGCUUAAGAAGUCCAGUGACUCUCAUAGUAAUAAAAUGGAUAAGAUGAGCAUCAAGAUCUCCUCAAUAAGCACUAAUUUUAACUCAAAAAUGCAGGAUAUUGAGACAAAUUAUGAGAAAACCGAUAAAGUUAAAGCACGAAUCAGGGACGCCAUCAACUUUGAAAGAGACAGCAUCAAUGGCCAGUUGGAUAAGACCAAGAUAUUGUGUAAAGAGCUCAUUGAGAUCAACAAAGAGCAGAUUGAUAGCUUAUUGCAGACAGAGACUGAAAACCUUAAGGAAAGUAAUGAAACGAUUAAGACAGACAUUGAAAAGUCCAUGGAAGAUGUACUCAAUAAGAACAAGACGCAAAUCCUGAAAAUAAAAGAUGUCUGCACAAAAUAUUUUGAUAAGAAUGAUGAUGCGAUGAAGACAAUCCAGGCUAAGGUCAAGGUCGUAGAUUCAGCUUUUGAUGAUUUUAUGAAUAAUGUGGUCAAACCUCAAAAGUUUGGUGAAGCAAGGCUGUUUACAGUUGAAACUAGGCUUAAAGAGGAAGAAGACUUGAGAAUUCUGGAAAUUUCUCAUUGUAAGGAUAUUAUUAAGAAGCUGAUAUUUGCAAUCGAGCAGAACAGCCUAACUUCUAAGGAUUCGUUCUCUGUAGGAGCUGAGAGUAGUCACCAGCUGCCUAAUUUACUUAAGAAUUCCACUAUCUCAGGGUCGAAGAUUAAGUUAAAAAAUGACAAAGACGAAAGGAUAAAUUUAAAUACUAUCCAAACUAAGGGACUUGAUAUAUUAUUUAUGAAAAGAUUAAUGUACUUAAAGAGUUCCAUUGACGAUGAUAAACAUAUUUCCAAAGAUCAGAGACAGAUGAGUGACCACCAAUUUGAAAAGGACCCUGGAAUCCAAUAUCCUAACACUACCAGCUCAGCUUUGAUUAGUUUAAAAUAACGAAAUGUCUGCUGCAGAGAAUGCUCUUUCAUCACAAGAAAGAUCAUCUGACAGGAAGAUAUUUAACAAAUACCAAUCUGCUUUUUCACCUAACAGAAUCCAUACUGCUGAGAAGGGUGUUAGUAGGAAAGAUAGGGUAAAGAAAGCUUGGAACAAACCAAAUAUAAAUAAAAGAGGGUCGAAGAACAGACUUGAAGAAUCAAAGAAUGUAUCAAAAAGCAACCUGAACAAGACAGACAUCAAUAAUGUAAACAACAGUUACAGCGACUUGAGAGUGCAACCAGUGUUGAAGACCAUGGUCGAUAAAAAGCACCGGUGCCCCAAACAUCCAGGAGGCUGUGAAUGCAAACAGGAUGUCGUCACUGAUAUAAGAGGGAGGAAUAAGAUGGAAGAGUACUGGACAGUCAACCAGUUCUCGAUCGAUGCGAGGAACAAGCCUGCUUAUAGGUCUUCAGAGAAGCUAGAUCACGAAAAUGAUAGGAGAGAGAAAGAUAAUGUCGCUGCUCAGAAUUCUAAUUUAUAAUU